AUGCGUGGCGGUGUAGAGUUUGGGGCCAGGGCGAGGUUGACAUAUACGUAUACAUGGCCGUUCCUUCCACGUCGUGCUGCCUGCUGCCGACUCCGAGAGCAUCCUCCUAUUCCAGGACACCUCGCAUCUUCCCAGUCUCCUAAUCUGCCAUCUGAAUCCCAAUCCUGCCAGAAAGCAACGGGCCUGAAACUCGGUGUAAGCGACUCGGUGCCAAUCCGACUUCUUUUUCCUCGCCCUCCAUCCGUCGUCGAUAUCCAGCGGCUCAGCCCUGCGCACGAGGUAGGAGGUCCGCUGUCUCCAGGCACCCGCCCAGCAGACUUGUCGAAGCCGGCGCCGCAGACGGUCAACGACAGCGCAGUCCUCCACGCUUCCUCUCCAUCGAAACACAGCAGUCAUCGCGCGCGUCUUAGUCAGGUGCCGUCCGCCGCGCGCGCGGGAGGUCGAAACGACGAAAACAGCGGGCUGCCCGGGCCAAUACAGACUUCAAACCGGCUCCCGGCGAGGGUGCCCACCGCGCGGGGCGUCGCACGCAGCGCUGGGCCCCAGCACCGCAAGAGGUCGGCGAACUCUCGAGGAACGGCGGCUGUCCUCGCGCGCAGGCGCUGGUGUUGGUGCUGCGCUGCGCUCCUCCACGACGCCUGGCCGUCUCUUUUAGGCUGCUCAGGGCGCCGGUGCGGCUGGCUAGCGCGCUGCGACCGGGAUCGUCUCCUGGCCUAA